AUUCCCUGCCCCCCACCCUGCCCCGCUCACAGAUGAACAAGUACGCCAAGGAAUGGGCCAAGAAGCUGGCGAAGGACGAGAAGAUGUCGCAUCGGCCGGACAACAAGUACGGCGAGAACGUCUUCUGCCUCUCGUCGAACUCGAAGACUUUCAAGGUUAAAGGCGACGAGGUGGUGGACAAAUGGUACUCAGAAAUAAAGGAUCACAAGUUUGGCGAGGAACCCACGGGAACAAUUUUGAAAUCAGGUCACUUCUCACAGCUUGUGUGGAAGGACACCAAGCAGAUGGGCGUGGGCAAGGCGAGGAGCGCCGCGGGGACCAAGGUUUUCGUGGUGGCUAACUUUGACCCUCAGGGCAACUGGAUGGGACAGUUCGCCGAUCAGGUCCCUCCUGUCGGUGGAUUCGCCAAGGCCUCCGGGGGCAAGUCGUCUGUCUUCAAGGCCAAGUCUCGCAAGUCCUCCUCGAGUAGUUCUGAUUCUUCUUCCGAAGAGGAUGAUUUCGUCGCAGACUGCCUCAAGGCCCAUAAUGACUACCGCAAGAAACACGGAGUUCCUCUUCUCAAGAUCAGCAAAGACCUCAACAAGGUCGCCAAAGACUGGGCUGACACCAUCGCCAGAAAGGACGUGAUGCAGCAUCGCCCGAACAACCAGUAUGGAGAGAACAUUUACUGCGCUUGGUCCUCCAACCCCGCCCACAAGAUCAAAGGCUCUGAAGCAGUUGAUUCUUGGUACAGCGAGAUAAAGGACUUCAGGUUCGGCAGGGAACCCGCUGACCUCAGGGCUGGUCACUUCACGCAGGUGGUUUGGCGGGACAGCAAGGAACUGGGCGUAGGAACGGCCCGCUCAAGAGGCGGCAAAAUCUACGUCGUUGCCAACUACAACCCUCCAGGCAACAUGGUCGGCAGCUUUAGCACCAAAGUCCCUAGUCUUAAGUAGAUGAUUUAUGUAGAAUUCUUCAAAGGAAGUGAUGUUUAAAAAACGAAUCAAAAUAAAUGUUUGGUGAAUGAAAAUGGACGACGGAACAUGGUCAGACGAAACAGAAUGGGGCAUUCAUAACCUUAAAGACAUGAAAUGCAGUAUUAAUCAUGAAAGACAAAUACUGUAAUGAGCAGAGACAUGUCUAUGUAUAUUUACACACAUUACUACAUAUACAUACAUAUACAAUACUAGAUUUACAUAUCUCACAUGGAAGAUACCCAAACACACACACACACACACAAAGGCGUGUG